GGAUCAGAAAAUGGAUGGAUGGAUGUAUCGAGUUUUAAAAAAUGAUAAAUUGGGGAAAUCAAAAUCUUAAAUUAAACUAUAGUUUAUACAAUGAGUUGAGGAUUAAAUCGAACCAUCAGUGUGAUUUGGAAGAUUGGUGUUCUGAUUAUUGAGAAAGGCUUACCUUUCAAAGGUGUACUAAUUUCUGGAGAAAAAUGUUGUUAACCAAACACAAUUUCAGAGUUACCGGUAUUUACCUGUUAAAUUUUCAGUCAUUGUGCGAGAUAAGUUUGAGCUGAUGUACAUGCAAAAGAGUAUCUUCUUGAAAUCUUAAUGUCAUGCUUUUUACACAUUCAAUUAUAAUCAUAACAGUCAUCAUUCUAAAAAGGAUACAUGAAUUUACUCCUCCUCUCCUUCCUACCACUAACAUGCAAUUCUCCAUUCACCUUCACAGUCAUGGCCUCAAGUCUGUCCCUCCUUCUUCUGGUGCUAUGUGCUCUUCCUGUGACGCAGGCCCAGCUCAAGGUGUUUAACUUGCGUGCCACUGGCCUCCCCUCUGACAUUUUGGGGAUCACAGAUGGCUACGUCAAGGUGUUUUGUGGCUCCGCCACUCUGGGCAAAACAGCUGUCCGGAAGGACACUGUUAACCCUUGGUGGGAGGAGGAGUUCUCCUAUUUCAACGCCCAGGAGCAUGACGUCUUGAGGCUUGAGGUUUAUGACAGGGAUUUGGUCUUUGAUGACCAGCUGGGAGUGUGCCAGAGACAGAUCCGACCUGGAACCCACGAGCACGACUGCUUCCUGCCAAAAGGUGGCACCCUCCAUUAUGCCUACACCUUGAAGCAACACAAUUAAUAAGCAUUGAAGAUGAGAUUCUUUUGCAAGUUUGCAUCCUUCCCACAGAGGACUUCUGAAGAAAGGAUGCUGUGGAUAUUUGACUGCAGUCAUUCACAAAUCCUUGUUUACCAACAAAUACACAAUAUUAUUGGUUUUUUCUGCUGUUGUCAAUACUGUCAAACACAAAUAAAGUCUGGUUCAACAAUCAAA